AUGCAAUUAUAUUGAAGGUUUAUACAUGUUUACACGUAGAUAAAAAAGGUUGAAACAAAACAGUGACAUUUGCGUUUCCAGUUUUAGUGCUUUAAAGCAAAGACAGCCGCUAUAAAGAAAUUGGAGGACAAGCAUAUAUCAACUUGAAUACAAGAAUCAUGGACUUAGUAGCGCAUAUGAUUAAUGAUACAGCUGAAUUAUACAAAUGGACUCUAACAGUAGCAGACAAACGUGUGGAGAAGUGGACUUUGAUGCAGUCUCCUUUGCCAACUCUAGCAAUAAGCACCCUGUAUUUACUUUUUGUGUGGUUGGGCCCCAAAUGGAUGCGUAAUAGAGAGCCCUUCCAGCUGCGUCCAUGGUUAAUUGGCUACAACUUUGGGAUGGUCAUACUGAACUUCUACAUCUUUAAAGAGCUCAUUUUGGCAACAAGGGCAGCAAGGUACAGUUAUAUCUGUCAGUCAGUAAACUACUCUGAAGAUGUCAAUGAAAUGAGGAUAGCCUCUGCCUUGUGGUGGUAUUAUGUUUCCAAGGGGAUUGAGUACAUAGACACUGUGUGUUUCAUCCUUCGGAAGAAAUUCAGUCAAGUCACCUUCCUUCAUGUCUAUCACCACUGUAGCAUGUUCACCCUUUGGUGGAUUGGAAUCAAAUGGGUGCCAGGUGGCCAGUCCUUUUUUGGAGCCCAUAUGAAUGCUUUGAUCCAUGUUAUUAUGUAUCUGUACUAUGGACUGGCUGCCUGUGGCCCACAGUUUCAGAAGUACCUGUGGUGGAAGAGAUACCUAACAGUAUUACAGCUGGUCCAGUUCCACAUCGCCAUUGGACAUACUGUUUUAUCCUUGUAUAUCGAUUGUCCUUUUCCCAAGUGGAUGCAUUGGACACUAAUAGUUUAUGUUAUUACCUUCAUCUUCCUUUUUGCUAACUUCUACUACCAGACAUACAAACAGCCUAAAAAGGAGUCUGUUAAGGCUACAAAAGUAGUGGCAAAUGGUACUGUAACUAAUGGUGUGACCAACCAAGAUAGAAUGAUGGUGGUGGAAAACGGAAGAAAGAAGAAGGGUCGAGCAAAGAGAGAAUAAGUUUUGCAGUCUUGGCCUUAAAUGAGUCUGAUAAAUUUGAUGGAAUUAAGGAGCCUCUAGAUUUGUUCUGGAGGACUGAUUUUAUGUACAUUAUUGGUGGCUAACAUGUUAUAGCAAGUCUGUACUAUUUAAUCAAAUUACUGGAUGCGACAGCAGAUCGCUGAAUCUCCUUUUUUGACUAUUUACUAGUAGGUAUCACUGGAAACAUUUGGUGCAAAAUAACAGGUAUAAAGUGCUAACUUAUUGUACUGAAACAAAUUAGGCAUUUGAAAAAGUAAAUUGAAAUGGCCAGUUUCCAUAUUUAUUCAUGUAUUUGCUUUUAGAAUAUGGUAACUGGCUAGCAUCUGUGAACAAAUAAAUGGUAUACUCAGAAAGG